AUGUUCUCUCUCCAUAUACAUAUAUCUGGAAAGGUCUUCCCUCCAGAAGUCCAUGGUGUUGGACUCGCUGUUCGCUCAACGCUUCUAAGGAACCUCCCUUCUGUUCCACCUGGACACAGCAAAAGACUAAUGACCCUCAGAAUUCCUCUCUCCAAUAAUGUCUACGCCCGCAAAACCAAGGCCAUCCCUACACUCAAUAUUGCCUGUCUUGAACAAACAUCAAAACGAAUCGAACUUCAAGCAAAUUUACUCAAUGUCUGCCAGUCACGCCCAACACCUCCCACCGAGUUACAUACGGAACCCAACGACGGAAUACAUAUCAGAUAUCGCUUUGACGGAAAUGUCAUCAAUGCCCGACGUCUCAAAGCUAAGACACUGACCGCUACCAUUCCUGUCUAUGAACUGCAGUAUGCCGACGAUGACGCCAUAGUUACUCAUGAGGCACUCUCACUACAACAGUCCUUGACUUCAUUGCAUCAGACCUAUUCUCGCCUUAGUCUUGAUAUCAACCCAAACAAAACAGAUGGCAUUCAAACAGCAUUUAAACGACAUGAUCCAGUAGCUCGGCUGCACAUUGACGUUUCGUUGUCCAAUGUUGACUCAUUUAUCUACCUCGGCAGCGUCAUAUCCGAUAAUGGACACAUUGAUAAAGACAGUCUCCGCCUCCGGGUCUUCUCUAAUAGCAACCUCCGACUCACCACCAAAAUCGGUCUAUCAAGCUAUUGUUUUAUCACUGCUCUACAGCUGUGA